AUGACGAAAUACUGGUUCGUCCUGGACCAAACCCAUUAUGAGCCGCCCAUUUAUAUGGAUGAGACAUAUAGGGAAGCCUGUGGCACUCUUUUACUGGGGCACAUCAUUCCUGGUAUCAAAAGCCUGGAUCAAGUCAUCAAUAGGGAUGAGUUACCUGGCUUUUCUCGAACUUUUCGGGUCCAACGAUCGACACAGAGCAAUGUCACCUGGUCUCGUGACGCACAGUUAGAGAGCAGUGCCGGUGCGAGCGCAGGUGCUCCCGCGCUUGCCGGAGUGGGGAUAGGUGCCCAAGCUGAGGUGAAAAUAGGAUCGACUGUGGGAGGCACUGAUUCAUGGGAGUUCGAUCAGUUAGAGACACAGGCUAUUGCGCCUCCGACAAGUUGGAUUCAGGAUUGCAUCAGGGCACCUCAAGUUGCUGCAUACGUCAAGCAGCACAAGGUACUGGGCAAUUGGAAGCUUUACAUGAUUACCGGAAUCAAAAUUGGAAAAGGCGCCAAACUUGAACACAAAGACUUUCAAGGUAAAUCAGGGGUUUCAAAGCCGUCCCUCGACGUGGUUGAUGCUUUUAAGGUGGAGAUUGGGGCCGAGUAUUCUCAGUCAAGCGAGACAUCAGUCACAGCUCAAUAUGAUGACGCCUUCAUCUGGGCUGUUCGGCUACUUGAGAUAUCAGACAGCUGGUUUAACUCAAGCCUUAGCUUGAAAACUGUCACUAAGGGGACAAUACUUGGGCUAGACAAGACUCAAGCCACUGCCAACGCAACUGUCAGGGCAUUUCUCUCCAAGAACGGUCUGGAGAAUUACUAUAUAAUACGACCUGAGACUCCAGAAGAUGACGAUGAAAUGUUGCUCCUCGUCGUUGACUGA